AAUGUCAACAACAACACGCAAACAAUUUAUUUAAUUCAUGUAUUUUCCCAAUUUUCAUUAUGGCUGAGAUACUAAAAGAGUGGUUAACAGAACGACUACGAAGACCCAUAAAAUGGGAACCAGAAGAAUUCGGUGAUAUGAUGAAAAAUGGCUACAUAAUCGCCAGCGUGCUUCUAAGCUACAAUGUCAUCAACGAAGAGAAACAUUUUCUUAUCAGAUCGAGCAAUGCUGCAGAGGACCUCAAAAAUAAUUGGAAAUAUUUAUCCGAGUGGUUAAAAGAAUUGGAGGUUCAUUUGAACGAUACAGACCUUGCCAGUGUCAAGGAAGGUAAAGGCACUGCUUUACUCCGAUUGUUUUACCAAUUAUUUCUCCACUUGGAUAAGCGAGACCGCACUAACUUUAUCAAACGCGAAAGAAAAAUGGUUUCCGGUCUCGUCGAAAAGAUGAAAAGUAGAUUUACAGUGGAAAAGAUACCAGAAGAAGAAGAAUCUUUUGUUGAUAAUCUUUCCAAGCCAUUAUUAAAUGAAAAACAAUUUAUCGAUUGGCAGAGAAAGAAAACGGAACAAGUAAAAGAUACCUACGAUUAUAUUAGACACAAAUACUCAAAAAUGCUAGGAAAAAUUGAGGAAUCUAAAACUCUACUGCAGUAUGAGAUUCAUAAGACUACAGAGAUGCCAAAUACGAGAAAAGAAAUGGAACAAUUUUCAUUACGAUAUCCUUGUAAAUUCAAAAAUUAUACCUACGAAGAACUGCUUGAAAUGGAAGAAAAAGCUGUACAAAGAAAGAAAUCAAUGGUUGAUACAGACUGGGUUAGAGAUUACAUGGACAAUUUGUACUGCAGAUUGCGUAAGAAAUCAGACUCCAAAGAGUUCCAGAAGCAGGUAAGGAAUGUCCUCAGUGGGUCGUUGUGGGAUCUCUCGGUAGCCGAAGAAGAAGGAAAACUGGAUAGAGAACUAGCCAAAAAAGUAAUGAAAUUAUCUCAGUUUGAAAAACAAAUGUGCACUAAAAUAAUGGAAACCAAACAGCAAGCUCGUGAUUUGGUCAAAAACAGGAUUCGAGCAGAAAGAGAGUUUGCAGAUCAAAGAGAACAACAAUUCAACCAGUUUCUCGAUAAUGUCAAAGAGCAAAUAAACUUAGAAGUAACUGAAAUAGAUUUUGAGAAGCAAAGACAAAACAUGUUGCACAAAAAAUUAUAUGCUGAAAAAAUGAAGAGAAAACGACAGCAUUACUAUGAAAUAUGUUACGAAACAAUGCUUUCCAUAGUUGAUUAUGCUACAAAAUAUGCAUACUUUACUAAAUUGAUUGGCGAUGACAUACCUAACCAUUUUAUUCAUGAAUGGAAAAAUCUAUAUUUUAGACAGCAACCUAUUUUCGAUAUUCUUGAUCCCAUGGAAAAUAUUUUAAAAGAACAAGGCUUAGAAGAAGAGCCCGCACCAGAAGAAGAAGAAAUUAUAAGACUAGAGUUAGACCGACAAGAAUCCCUAAAUGAUUGUGAAUUUAUGGAAUAUCACAAUUAUUCAUAUCCCUGGACAUUGGAUUUGUUAAUCCCUAAUUAUGACCCAGAAUCAGAAGAGAGGAAAUACGAGUAUUUAGGUACAAGAAUUCUUGGACACGUCGUGUAUACGUUACUUGAAAUUAAAUACCCUUAUCCUCCACCAAGACCACCAGCUGCUUUGCCAGCAUAUACAGCUAAAGCGAUUUUACGUGGUCUUCCGGACAGAUCAAUUACUGUGGCAAUGCAAACUUUACUCAAUAUGCGUAAAAUACACGUCGUUCGGCUUGAGUCUGCUAUUAACUUUAGCUUGAAGAGGUUUAAGGUUGAAAUGGUCGGAUGCACUGAUAUUGAGUUAUCAUUUGAUAAAUUUAUUGCUGCUGCUCAGUUAGAAGAAGACAAGGAGCUGAUCAAGCUAAUGAAGAUUGAAGAAGAAACAGCGAGUAAAAGUAGCGAACCAAACAUUUCACAAAUAUUGGGGGUGAUUCCUCCGAAUACUAAACAAACACAGACGCCCAAGACUAUUCCAGAAGAAGAAAUAGUUUUAUCACCUGCAGCCGAAUUGGGAAGAUAUGCAUAUGAAACGCUUAAUUUUGGCGAUACGUUGACUGACCAUUUAUUAUCAGCCAUGAUAGUAGAGUACCUAAAAGAUCAAGACGAUAUUAACGGUUUUGUUAUAAUUAAUUAUCCAAACUCAUAUCGCGAGGCACAAAUCCUUGAAGAGACAUUCUCUGGUCGUGCUCCGCCUGAUGAAGGUGAACUAGACGAUAGAGACGAUAUUUAUUUGGAAGAAAGUAUUGCAAAACAUAGAAAGAAGGAGACAGAUCAAUACAAAGAUAUAAGGGUAUCUAAACUAGUUAAUGAUCCACAUAAAAAGCGAAUUGAAAAGCCAUUUGAAAGCUAUUUCUCUUGUUAUAUUAGAUUGAAAGAGACAGAAGAUAUUCUCCAAGAACUAGUAAUUUGGGAUUUAACUGAAGAAAAUUCUGAGAUGAUCGAUCGUUUUUAUGCUGUACUGGGCAUAAACUACAGCAUGUAUUAUGAGCUAAUAGAAAAAGAAUUCCUUGCACAAAUAUGUAAAUAUGUGAUUGGGGAUUAUUUAAUGCCAUUAAAAUCUUGUGAUAGGCUUUUUGGUGAAAAUGUUUUGAGUCUCUUAGAUUUUCCUAGUACAGAUGAUAAAAGAACAAAAUCUAAAAUCGUUAAACCAGAGGUUACAAAUGGUAGAUCAAAGGAAAAGCUUCGCCGAUCUUCUAAAUUAAGUAGACUGUCUGUAACAAAUGAAUUAGAAGUAGUAAAGGCACCUGAGUCCAAAGAAGAUUUACACGAAGAAAUGUUGAUGAUCGCAGAGGAAGAUGGCGAGGAACAUAUUGAGAGUAAAACCUCUUUAAGUUCGGAAGAGGUAAAAAUAUUACCCGGGGAAGAAGAUUGGGACUAUGGUGAAAUCCCUAUUGCAGAAAUAAUAGGAGUCGCACUUGCAACCUGUUGGCAGGAAAUUGAGAAAACGUAUAUCAAUGACAUGCAGAAUUUAUUUUUUGCCAAACGCUUACAAAUGAACUGUUUAGUGCCAUAUGCCAGGUUCAUCAAAGAUAAAAUGGAACAAAUUAUAACGCUACCAUCACACAAACAGGAUUUGGUUAGUCGUUUCCAAAAGGAGUACAAUGAUUUUGAAAAUGAUUGGAGAGAUAUUCAUUUGACUAAAAACGAAUGGCAUUGUAGAGUCAAAGAAUUACAAAACAGACUUUACCACAUUUGUGAUGAACGCAAGUUAUAUGCAGAGAAUCAAAGGCAGGCACUUAUAUGCGAAAACUGGGCUAUGGAAGAACUCACAACAAUGGUGAACACGUACAUAUCGUGCAUGCAAACAGAAUUAAACCGGUCCACUUUAACGUUUCAAACGUUUCAUGACUUUUAUUUCGCUAUGAUUAAGAAAAUGCCUCCGAAUGAUAGACUAUCGUCAAAAGACUUGACCAAAAUCUUUAAAGAAUCUGACGAAACUUCCGGAAGCAAGAAGGGAGGUGAAGAUAAAGUUUACAGGCAGUUGAAAAAUGCCUUUCAAGAUUUACAGUUGAAAAACAUUGAAAUUGAUUACAGCAAUAACCCAUUCAAUCUAAUAAUUGAAAACAAUGUUAAGUUUGCUUUAAAGGUUAUUAAAGAUACCAACGAUACUUAUCGUUCUCUUAUAAGUCGUGAAUAUAGUGAAGUUGCUAAGAUUGUGCCGCCGACUAAAAGAAAGGAUGAAAAUUCUUCAGAAGAAUCUAUCAACCUUGAAGAAAUUUUCAAGCAAAACGCCUUGAAGUGUAUCGAUGAAUGGAUAAUGGGAAUCAACGGAGAAAUGUAUCGAGCUAGUUUGCGUAUGCUGGCUCUACAAUACAAGUGCUACCGCGAUAUGAAACUUUUUAAUGACCAUAUUUACAAGACUUUCAUGGAAGUGCAAAACGACAUAAACAGUUAUUACAUGAAUGAAAUUAAGUCUGUUGAUAGGCUUUGCAAAUAUCUCCAAAUGGCGGUUGAAGGAGGAAGAAAGAUUUCAGAAAGUUUAAUUCUUGAACACGACACUUUUGUCAUUGAUCCGAAUCUUCUACAAUUUGCUCCACCAGAGCCUCCUUCAACAACUGGCGAGAUCAAAGAAAUGGUUAUGGAGUCAGAGUUCAAAGUAGGUCAAUUAGCGAGACUAAGAACCCAGUUCAAGAUCGUUGCUCCAACAGGUAUUUCUCUGCAGCAAGCUUUCAUUUACAUGCUACAGGAUUUUAUUUUCUUUGGUAAAGAGUCGUGUGACGGUCCCCUUAUACCAGAAAUCUGGAAGCGAGUAGAUCCUGAACAAAUCCCAAAGUUAGUGUUUUUAAUGUUUGGCGACACUGCUUAUAUUGACUGGAGAGACUUCCUUAUUUACUGUCUGAACGUACGUUACCCAACGGUUGAAGAAUUGCUCGAAGUCCGCAAAAGAUUUCGCUGCAAUGAUCUGGAAUCUACAGAGCUUAUUUAUAGAGAUGAUUUCAUCAAUGAAGAGCUUUGGUUUGAACAAGAAUUCGACCCAGAAGAUAAAUACAUGGUGCUGCGAAAGAACUUAAUCAAGCAUUUCCUUUUUGAAUUAUUUGAGGUGGCUGAAAACAAAAUGAAUUAUUCAGCAUUUCUUUUGGCAUUUUGUAAAAAUGUCGAUCCUAUUGAAGGGUUUGUUACAGCAUUGUCGAUGGCAGUUGGUAAAAAGACUUGUUUUUCACUUGACGAUUGCGAAGAGGUUGUUUGUAAAUUAAUAAAACAAAAGCAAUACAGAGAUGCUUGUCUGGCUUGUGCGUUGAAGUGUACUAAUCAGUUUUUAGACAAAGUGAUUGCAGCGGUGGUAAAUAUCUGUGAGGGAACCUCUAUAAUAGAGUUAGGAUACUCUGAGCCUCCACCUGAUGCUGAUAAAAAAGGCAAGAAAGGCAAAGGUGCACCAAAAGGCAAGAAAUUGGACAGUUCCCAGAGCGCUCGUUUGCCCAAAUCUCAGAAGAGUCUUGUUACGACGCGAAGCAAGCAGGCACAAUCGGAUACCGAUGUUAAGACAACUUUUAUCUGUAGACCUUGCGAAGAAGAAGCCGAGGUGGUCGAGGAAAAGCCUCCUGAAAAAGAAGAAGUAGAAGAAGAGCAUAAAAGUGAACCUCAAGAAGAUCUCAAUUUGGCGUAUGCUGUGAGUCAAGCUGCCAUAUGGAAUGUCCUCAAAAUCUGUUUGCCCUGGCAUUUUGAGCUAAUACCAGAAGAAAGGGUUACCCCUUACAUCGAUCAAGUGAAAAAUGCACUGAAACGUUUAGAAGUGGACACCGAUAAUGGAGACAUUUACGUAUGUAAAUUUGUGUCCGAUCAAAACAUUUGCAAAUUGCUUCACAAAGUAAAGAAGUUUACUGCGCUCAACCUAGCAGAGGAAGUGCGUAAGAUAUUCAUUUAA